AUGGCUUCCAUAGAUGUAGAGGAUGUGCUUUCCAAGCUAACGGAAAGAGAGAAGAUAUCGUUGCUCGCUGGCAUCGAUUUCUGGCAUACACAACCAAUCCCCAAACAUGGCGUUCCCUCUCUGCGACUCUCUGACGGUCCCAAUGGUGUUCGCGGCACACGCUUCUUCAACGGCGCCCCAGCAGCCUGCUUUCCUUGCGGUACAGCUCUAGGCGCAACCUUCGACACCGAACUUCUCGAGGAAGCCGGCCGUCUCAUGGGCAAGGAAGCCAUCUCCAAAGGCGCACACGUAAUCCUCGGUCCCACGAUCAACAUGCAGCGUUCUCCUCUCGGUGGCCGCGGUUUCGAAUCCAUUGGUGAGGACCCAUUCUUAGCUGGGUUGGGCUCUGCAGCUUUGGUCAAGGGAAUGCAGGAGAAUGGCGUCGUGGCCACCAUCAAGCAUUUCGUGGGCAAUGAUCAAGAGCACGAACGCAACAGCGUGGAUUCCAUCGUCACCGAACGUGCCUUGAGGGAGAUUUAUCUUAUGCCCUUCCAAUUGGCGGUUCGCGAUGCUUACCCCAAGUCUUUCAUGACUGCUUACAACAAAGUCAAUGGUACGCAUGUCAGCGAAAACACAAGGAUCUUGAAGGAUAUCUUGAGGGGAGAGUGGGGAUGGAAGGGCUUGGUGAUGAGUGAUUGGUUUGGUGUCUAUUCGGUUUCCAAAUCGGUCAUUGCGGGUCUGGAUCUGGAGAUGCCUGGUCCGACUCGAUUCAGGGGAGAUGCUUUGUUCCAUGCCGCGGGCGCAAAGAAGAUUCCCGCUGGUGUGAUUGAUGAUAGAGCAAGACAGGUUCUGGAGCUGGUCAACGAGUGUGCUGCAUCAGGUGUCAAGGAAAACGCCGAGGAGACCACCAACGACACCCCCGAGACGUCAAAGCUGCUGCGAAGACUUGCCGCCGAGUCGAUUGUGCUACUGAAGAAUGAAGGCGAUAUCUUACCGCUCAAGAAAGACAUGAAGAUUCUCGUUAUCGGACCUAACGCAAAGACUGCGACUUACUGUGGUGGUGGUUCGGCUUCUCUCCGUCCAUACUACGCCGUUACUCCUUACGAGGGAAUUGUCGACAAAGUCGGUGAGGAGAAUAUCGACUUCAGCAUCGGUGCAUACUCUCACAAAGAAAUGCCCAGCCUGGGAAUUGAUUGGAGGACUACCGCAGGCGAAGAUGGCGAGGCUGGUGUUCUCUUCAAAGCAUACAACGAGUCUCCCGAGGACAAGGACCGCAGAUGCGUCGAUGUGCUUGGACCUUUCACCAACACUUCUAUGAUGUUCAUGGACUACAAGAACCCGAAGCUCAAGUCUGGACUCUGGUAUGCUGAUAUCGAGGCAUACUACACAGCUGACCGCGACGGUGAAUAUGAGAUCGGUGUCUGUGUGUAUGGAUCAGCCAAGGUCUUUGUCAAUGAUGAGCUCGUGCUCGACAUUACAGAAAACCAACGCCAGGGCUCUGCAUUCUUCGGCUUGGGCACCGACGAAGAUAUCUGCUCAGUUCCCAUGAAGAAAGACCAAACCUACAAAGUCCGCCUCGAAUUUGCCAGUGCGCCAACGAGCAAAUUGACCGGCGGCAGCGUAGAUUUUGGCGGCGGUGCCGUCCGCAUCGGAGGAGCCUGGAAGAUUGACGCCGAUGAGGAAGUCCGCCGUGCAGCCGAACUCGCCAAGUCCGCCGACCAAGUCCUGGUCUGCGCAGGACUGAAUAUGGACUGGGAGAGCGAAGGCUUCGAUAGACCAGACAUGAAGCUACCAGGCCAUCUGGACCGCCUCAUCUCCGCCGUCGCAGAAGCCAACCCUCGCACAGCAGUGGUGCUCCAAAGCGGUACACCAGUAGAAAUGCCCUGGUUGAGCAAAGUACCCGCAGUACUCCAAGCAUGGUACGGCGGCAACGAGACCGGCAACGGUAUCGCCGACGUCGUAUUCGGCGAUGUCAACCCCUGCGGCAAAACAUCCCUGUCUUUCCCCAUCAAGAACGAAGACAACCCUGCUUUUCUCAACUACCGCUCAGAGGCUGGUAGAGUGCUGUAUGGCGAGGAUGUAUAUGUUGGCUACCGCUAUUACGAUACUUUGGGUCGCCCUGUAGCAUUCCCCUUCGGCCAUGGCUUAUCCUACACGAGUUUUGGGUUCUCGGACUUGAAGCUGGAUGUCCCUUCGAACAACGACGGCGACCUGAUCGCGAAAGUUACAGUCAAGAACACUGGCAAAGUUGCAGGAGCACAGGUAGCACAACUCUACAUCUCACCAGUAACUCCCUCUAUCCGUCGCCCAACAAAGGAACUCAAAGCUUUCACCAAAGCAUUCCUCGAGGCCGGAGAGAAAAAGACUGUCGAGCUUAAGGUGGCGGUCAAAUAUGCCACUAGCUUCUGGGAUGAGCGUAGAAAUGCUUGGGUUUCUGAAAAGGGCAAAUACAAGGUUAUUGUUGCGGAUAGCAGUGCUGUUGGUGACUGUGCUGCGGAAGAGACUUUUGAGAUCAAGAAGACUCAGUGGUGGAAUGGACUCUAA